UUUAUUUCAGGUAUUUUCAGCUAUAGACAACCAUUUUCGACUGAACCUUUGCUCACAGAGAUAGAGUGAGAGAGAGAAAUAUGGCAGGAGGGCAUGGAGCGGGAACUACUUACAAGGGCAUCACGGUGCAUCAACCAAAGCGCUGGCACUCCAUCACCGGCAAGGGCAUGUGCGCUGUCAUGUGGUUUUGGAUUCUGUACAGAGCCAAACAAGAUGCCCCUGUAGUACUGGGUUGGCGACAUCCUUGGGAGGGCCAUGGUGAUCAUUCCCAUGGCGAUGAGCAUGAACAUUAGGCGUCCCAUUGAGCUGAAAUGACAGGACAAAGAAUUCUGUUGGUGGGGUUCUUGGCACAAAUUUAUGUCAAUUUUCUUUGUUUGUUUCAAUAAAGUGAUUGUGGAAAAGAGAUUGUAUGGGCAGGAUGCGAUGACAAAUGAACAUCAAACUUCAUUUCACCAUGUCUGUGAGCAUGAACAUUACUUCGAUUUUAAUGUGUUAUUUACGUUCCUGACCUCCUAUCCUUUUGUGUAAUAUAUUUUUAAGCAGCAGGGAAUCCUAUCAUUUUUCCAUA